UGGAAAGUGCAGGAAAACGUGCUCAGUGACAGUCAUACAAGCAUGCACGCAGCUCUGCGCGGACCAGCUUCAGCAGCAGACAUGUAAAAAGAUGGAUUAGAAAAUAAUGUGCCUCGCCUAUCAUCACCAUCAUCACCACUACCAUGUUCCCGGGAGUUUUCUAUGCACUGCUGGCGGGUUUCCUCGGGGCCGUGGCGUCGUCCUCGGCCAAACUGUCGCUGGGAGCCGACUACCUGAAGGGUGUCUGUGAAACCGGACUCCGGACAUGGGGAGAACAGCGGAAAUUCAGACAGGCGGACGAAACUACCGCCUGUGACCGGCUUCAUAUCCCUCUGAGGCUGCUGUGUGGCGGCCUGCUUUUCACCUGCAACGCUGUGAUGUGGACCUUCCUUGCCAAAGCACUCAGGUAUUCCUCGUCCUCCACCCGAACCACUGUGACCACCACUGCCUCCAACUUCAUAUCUUCCGCUUUCCUGGGCCAGCUGAUCUUUGGGGAAGCCCAGAUAACAUUGUGGUGGGUUGGGAUCUCUCUGACCUUCUCUGGUUUGUUGGUACUGCAGAGGGUUUCGCCGCAGGAUGGACAACAGAACACGGUUGCCAAAAAAGAUGAAUAAUGUGACCUGUCUCUACUAGCUGGCUGUGGCUUGUGGUCUGUUUUGGCAGACAUCUUCUCUGACUUCAUUAGAGCCAAAGAGCAGUAAAAUCUGAAACAGCAGUUGAA